CGCGGCGUCGACGACGCCGCGCUGGCGAUCAUGCGCCACGACGCGACCGAGCGCGCGCGGCGGUUCGCGCGCGCGGUCGUUCGCUGCGACGUGUGCUUCGACGACGUCGCGGGGUCGGACACGGCGCGCGUCGCCCCCGGCGCGUGCGCGCACUUUUUUUGCGCGUCGUGCGUCGCGACCAUCGCGAGGACGCACGUCGUCGAGGGGAGCAUCGCGUCGCUGGUGUGCCCGGCGUGCGGCGCGUCGAUCCCACCGCACGUUCUGCGGCGCUUCCUGAGCGACGAGCUGUACGAACGGUACGAGACGAUCGCGCUGGAGAGGUCGCUCGCCGCGAUGCCGGACGCGUCGCGGUGCCCGCGAUGCGAACGCGUCGUCAUCGAGGACGGCGACGACCACUGCGGUCGAUGCCUCGGCUGCGAGUACACGUUCUGCGGGUUGUGCCGCGAAAGUUGGCACCCCGGGGAGAGCUGCCUCACGCCCGAGCGAAAGUUGGAGGUGCUGCGCUCGAGAGGCGGCUCCGGGGCGAUGGCCGCGCUCGGCGAGGACGCGCGGCGGAAACACCGAGAGCAACUCGCGGACGCCAUGGCGCUUCGGUACGUCGAGAAAGAAGGCCAACGCUGCCCGAACUGCGGGUUCGGCGUCGUGAAAUCCGAGGGCUGCAACAAGAUGACGUGCGGGAACUGCGAGACGCGCUUCUGUUACAAGUGCGGCGACGCCGUGGACGGAUACGAGCACUUCAGAGACGGCGGGAAGUGCGCGUUGUUCGACCUCGACGCCGUCGCGGCGUGGGAACGCGAGAUGAACGCCGCGCGUCUGAACGCGGAGGGACGGCAGAGGGACGCGUACGUCGCCGGGGACGUGAUCGCGGCGUCGAACUGCCCGUCGUGUCGACAGAUGUGUUACAAGCUCGCGAACAACAACCACAUUCGGUGCUGGUCGUGCGGACAGCGGUACUGUCACCUCUGCAGGAAGACGGUGCGAAGGGGCGCGGAGACGGCGGCGCACUUCGGUCCGGGUGUUGGGAAGUGCAGGCAGCACUCCGCGGACUGAUCGGGGCGACGGCGGGAUAGCGCGGCGCGUUAGGAGCUGCGGUAGACUACUUAUGAUAGCGUAGACGACGACG